AUGCUCCGUACUGGAACGCCAAAGAGGCUAUGGGAUGAUUGUUUGGAACAUCGGGCCUACAUCCGAUCUCACACCGCCCUUAACAUUUACAACUUGGAUGGGGAGGUGCCGGAGACUGUUAUGACUGGACAGACUGCAAAUAUUGGUCCAUGGUGUGAUUUCCAAUGGUAUCAAUGGGUAAAAUAUUAUGAUAAGAUUGCAAAAUUCCCUGAUGAUAAGAUGUCUCUUGGACGAUACUUGGGACCAAGUCCUGGAAUCGGAUCCCUCUUGACUGGAAAGAUACUUAAGCACAACAGGAACUACCACCACACCUCCACCUUCAGAGCCCUAACAUCCGAAGAAAUGGCUGACGACGCCAAGAAACGCCUACGUAAUGACUUCAAUACCAAUGUGAAUGACAAGUUGGGUGACAAGGCAAAGCCUGAAGAUUUCAGUGAGGAUGAUCUCACCCCUACAUAUGAUUGUUAUGAGGAUGACUCUGGAGAAGGAUUGGAUCUAAUGCCUGACAGGGAUGAGCAACAGCACGACUACUAUGAUCGGUACCUCAAUGCUGAAGUGCUGCUUGCUAGAGGGGACAAGAUGGUAACUGGAAAGGUCACUGGACGAAAGAGGGAAGCAGACGGAAGUCUUAGAGGAAGUGGGCAUGCUGUCCCCAUGCUGGACACUCGCACAUAUACCGUUGAAUUCCCUGAUGGGGCCGAAGCCACUUAUGCAGCAAACGUACUUGCUGAGGGAAUGUACCUGCAAUGUGAUGAGAACGGCAAUCAAUUCCUCCUGCUCGACUCCAUCAUUGACCAUAAGACAGACAAAACUGCAAUCCAACCUGGCAACGACAGAUUCCGAUACCAUGGACGACUUGUCCAGAAACGUACCACAAAAGGAUGGCAGCUUUGUGUCCAAUGGAAGGACGGUACCACUACUUGGGAGCGACUGUCUGAUCUCAAGGAAUCUUUCCCCAGUGAGGUUGCUGAGUAUUCCGUCGCAACUGGAAUAGAUCACCUACCUGCAUUCAAGUGGUGGGUUCCAUACAUCUUGAAGAAACGAAAUGCAAUCAUUGCCAAAGUCAAGAGCCGAUACCACACCAAGCAAACACACAAAUUUGGCAUCAGAAUUCCCAAGACAGUCCAAGAAGCCCGUGAACUUGAUCGAAUCAAUGGCAACAACUUGUGGGAACAGGCCCUUGGGAAGGAGAUGAGCAAUCUUCGUGUGGCUUUCAAGAUGCUCAACGAGGAAGACAAAGCACCAGUUGAGCACACCAAAAUCAAGUGCCAUAUUGUUUUUGAUGUCAAAAUGGAAACACUCCGCCGCAAAUGCCGACUGGUUGCUGGUGGCCACAUGACUGAGGCACCAUGCCCUAGCGUAACUUACUUGAGCAUUGUAUCUCGUGAAUCUGUCCAAAUUGCCCUAUCACUUGCCGCUUUAAAUGCAUUGGAAGUCAAAGCUGCUGACAUCCAGAAUGCCUACUUGACAGCGCCUCUCGUCAGUGAAAAGAUUUGGACAGUUUGUGGCCCUGAAUUUGGGAAGGACAAAGGCCGCAAAGCUAUUGUUGUACGCGCAUUAUAUGGAUUACGGGCCGCUGGGCAUGACUACAGAACAUUCCUCUCGGAGUAUAUGCAGAAUCUGGGAUGGAAACCUUGCUUGGCCGACCCUGACGUAUAUUACAUGCCAAUGACAAGACCUGAUGAUGGCUUUGAAUACUACGCUUACGCACUCCUCUACGUUGACGACAUAUUAAUGAUCCACCACGAUGCUAUGGAAGCGCUCAAGAAAAUCGACAAGGCAUUCACGCUAAAACCAGACUCUGUUGGCGAUCCCGAUAUCUACCUAGGGGCCAAGUUCCGUACUACCACUCUGAAGAACGGGGUUGUUGCAUAUUCCUUGAGUCCAAGCAAAUAUGUCCAAGAGAACGUAUAUUCCGCAAUUAAAAACCACACGCAAAUCCGGGUUCCAAAACAGCACCUCUAG